AGGGGAGGGGAUGUACGGGGAGGUGUUCCUGUGCAGUAACAGGUCUACUGGUGAGAAAGUGGCCGUGAAGGUGAUGGAGUCUGUGAGUGAGGUGGUGGAGGAGAUAGAGGAGGAGUACCAAAUCCUCAGGGACCUAGGGGACCACCCCAACAUGCCCAAGUUCUACGGGAUCUACCUCAAGAGGAAAAACAUGCACCUGGGGGACUCAGGGGAAGACCAGAUAUGGAUUGUUAUGGAGCUGUGUGGGGGCGGGUCAGUGACUGAUCUAGCCAAGCACAUGAUCAAGAAGUCGUCACGCUUGGAUGAGCUCCUGAUUGCACAUAUCUUAGCUGAGACUUUGAAGGUUUUAGAGCACCUCCAUUCACAUCUAGUUAUCCAUCGAGAUGUCAAAGGUCACAAUAUUCUCAUCACAAGCGAAGGAAAAAUCAAAAUGGUUGAUUUUGGUGUGUCGGGUCACCUGGAUUCCCCAACAGGUAGAAAAAAAACUCAUGUGGGAACACCUUACUGGAUGGCACCUGAGGUGAUCGCCUGUGAGCAACAGCUAGACUACACAUAUGAUGUACGCUGUGACCUGUGGUCACUUGGAAUUACGGCCAUAGAACUGGCAGACGGGAAGCCACCACUUGGUGACCUUGACCCUAGACGAGCGCUGUUUAAAAUUCCAAGGUCAGUCGAGACUGUACAGAACUGCCCCUCAUGGCCAAACCAGAUGUGGACCCCCACUGGUGUAGUGGCUGACGACCCCACUGGUGUAGUGGCUGGCGACCUCACUGGCCUAGUGGCUGGCGACCCCACUGGUGUAGUGGCUGGCGACCCCACUGGUCUAGUGGCUGGCGACCCUACUGGUGUAGUGGCUGACGACCCCAUAGGUCGAAUGGCUGGCGACCCCAUUGGUCAAGUGGCUGGCGACCCCACUG